AUGGGAUCACUUCCGCAAAGCAACCCCUUGAGGGUCGCCAUCGUGAAGGCCUAUGAGAUCGAUGAGCCAAAGCACAGAGGCAUGCUGCAGUCAUUUCGUGACAACAUCCUGCAGCAGGUGCCCGAUGCAGUCAUCAACGCAUACAGGCCGAUGAAUCAAGAUGGGCAUCUACCGAACCCUGCGAACUACGACCUCGUCAUUAUAACUGGUGGGCUGAGCAACUUGUGCCAGGCGACGUUUGAGCCAUGGGUCAACACGACUCUCGAGUGGAUUCGGCAGGUAGUGUCACAGCAGCACAUCACCAAAACAAAGCUCCUCGGUAUUUGCUGGGGUCACCAAGCAAUCGCAACCGCGCUUUCAGGAAGUAUUGGAAGCUUUGAGCAUCCAAGGGUUGGCGUACAACACCUCACACUGAAUGAUAACGGAAAAGAGAUGUUUGGGAGGGAUACAUUAAAACUCACCAAGUUCCACAGGCGCUUUGUCCAACAGGUUCCGGAUGGCUUCAAACCAAUGGCACCCGACAACGAAAUCCUUUUUUCCGACUCGGGGCUUGUCUUGUCUCUCCAAGGACACCCCGAGAUCUACGGGGAGCUGUCUAGGCAGCUUUUCGAGACGAAUGUGCCAUAUUACAGAGCUACCUUGCCCACCGAGGAGGACCUGCAGCGCUACUACUCGGAGAUGUCCUCAAGUGAAGAAGAUGCGAAACUGAUUUUCCGAAAGAUAGCGGACUGGGCCCAAUCUUGA